AUGACUGGAGUGAGUUUGAUUUCGCUGACUAAUCUUUACAAGAAGUACUACAGCUACAGCUUCAUCACCAAGAUUACAAGAGAACGCAAACAAAAGAUCAGGUUUCCUGCUAUCACUAUAUGCACUUUGAGCAAGUUUGACAUAAGCAAACAGAACCUAACUAACGCAGAGCUAGCCUAUCUUCAAAGCUCUGGGUACCUUGCACAAAUUUCACCGCGAGUUGACUGGGACGGCCAGGAAGGGAGAGAGCUCGAUAAACUGGAUAAUGUCAAGUUCUGGGCUGCUGGGGCAUAUAAAAAAGAGGAUAUUUUCAAAGUCAUAUUCUUCAAACAUAACCGAAUCCUCCAGGAAAGCCUGAACUAUAGUCAGAAGCAAGAUCAUCGCUGCUUCACCUUUAACGCUAACGCUGACAUCAAUGCUCUUGAGUCUGAAAAAACCAAAUUGACAAUGUCUAUUGACAUCAUGCAGGAUACCUAUCUGGAAGGAGCUGCAUACGAGGCAGGGAUACAGGUAUAUAUCGAUGAACCAGAAACAGCACCGAGCUACAGUGAUCAUUCAUUGAUUGGCGUAUCAGUCGGGACGUCGACGCGCUUAGGGCUAACAAAGAAGAUGAUGAAAUACCUUCCAGACCCCUAUAAUACCCACGGGACGGAUUGUAUAGACACUACAGCCUCGGACUUUGUCAACCCUCUGGAGUGGUUCAAGGUGUACAGCUUUGACGGGUGUCUUCUGGAGUGCUCAAAUAAGGUUGCCAUGGAUGCCUGUAACUGCACCGCCGGAUGGGAACCACACAAGAGUCAGUCUGCGGCACUGCUCAGUGAAGGAAGUGAAAAUAUAUUACCGUAA